GGUAGGGGCGGGGCCAGGAGAGCGGCCUAGUCUUGCGAUAUGGAUCAGAAACUUCCAGAGUUGGUAGAAGAGCUCACAACUUCAGGAGAACCCCAACUGAAUCCUGAGAAAAUGAAGGAACUGAAGAAAAUUUGCAAGUCUUCAGAGGAGCAGCUCAACCAUGCCUACCGUCUGCUGAUGACACAGCUGACCCAGGACCACGCCGAGAUCCGCCUCUCUGCUUUCCAGGUUGUAGACGAGCUCUUCACCAGGUCUCACCAGUUCAGGGUGCUGCUUGUUUCCGAUUUCCAGGAGUUCCUGGAGCUCACACUGGGCACAGACCAUGAACAGCCCCUGCCACCCCCGAGAGAGGCAGCCCAGCAGCUGAGGCAGGCAGCCAUGCGGGCUGUGGAAGGUUGGAAUGAGAAGUUUGGGGAGGCAUAUAAGAAGCUAGCCUUAGGCUACCAUUUCUUAAGACAUACCAAAAAGGUAGAUUUUCAGGAUGUAAAUGCUAGGACUCUGGCAGAGAGGAAGCGAGAAGAGGAGAAGCAGAAGCACUUGGACAAAAUCCACAGAGAAAGAGCUGAGCUGGCCCAGAGGGAGAUAGAAGAAAUGUCUGAAGAAAUCAGGUGCUGCCUGACAGAAGUAGAGAACUGCUUUAGGCUGUUGGUGCCCCUGGACUUUGGCCCCUGCCCAGAGGGUGAAGUUCUUAACCAGGCAUUUGGCAGAACUGAGGAGGGAGCCUCUGGCUCCUCAAGCCUGGGCCACACAGCCUCUCGCCAGUCUUGUGCCUCCGGCCCCCAGGAUGAGGAGCAGCCAUGCUGCAGCAGGGACCUACCUGCCUUUAUGUGUUACUCAGGAGCUGCUGGUGAUGGGGAAAAGCCAGCCCAGACAGACACAAGGAGCCCCUCAGAAGAUGAAGAUGAGGGUAGUGACCCGGAGGAGUUCGUGCGGAGUCACGGGCUGGGCUCGCACAAGUACACGUUGGAUGUGGAGCUCUCCUCAGAUGGCCUGAAGGUACAGGAGAGCGAAGAUAAUCUCGCUGUUCUCCAUGCUGCCCGUGAUGCACUCAAGCUCAUCAGGAACAAGUUCCUGCCAGCUGCGUGCUCCUGGGUUAAGCGGUUUACCCAUGCAGGGAUCCACAGUGAACACUUAAAACAUGCCAUUGACCUGAAGAUAGAAUUGGAACUUGCUCUGAAGAAGUAUGAAGAGCUGGACAUUGUACCCGAGAGAAGGCAGAAGAGCAGGACAGAAGCCCCAGAGGACAGGGAGGAUGAGGACGAUGAAGACUUUGUGGAGGUCCCAGAGAAGGAGGGGUAUGAGCCUCACAUCCCCGACCACCUGCGGGCUGAGUACGGGCUGGAGCCAAAGGCCCCACUGCGGACCCAGGAGAAAGACACAACUGCACAGGGCUUUCAGGCAAGGACAAGGACAAGAAGAGAUGAGGAGGCAUCGGAUCCUACCUCUGCUGCUGCCCAGCCAUGGUGGCUCCAGGACCACCUGCCCCCAACCCCAGCUUCUGCCAGGGCAACGCUGGGGCCUCAGGACGCCCAGAAGCUGUCAGCAGAGCGGGCCCGGGCACCCAUUGUGCCCUUUGGAGUGGACCUGUGCUACUGGGGCCAGGAGCAGCCAGCGGCUGGGAAGAUCCUCAAAUCUGACUCUCAGCACCGCUUCUGGAAGCCCAGCGAGGUGGAGGAGGAAGUAGACAAUGCAGAUGUCUCUGAGAUGCUUCGGAGUCGGCACAUUACCUUUGCAGGGAAGUUUGAGCCUGUGCAGCACUGGUGCCGGGCCCCAAGGCCUGAUGGCCGGCUCUGUGAACGCCAAGACAGACUGAAGUGCCCAUUCCAUGGGAAGAUCAUCCCCAGAGAUGACGAGGGGCGGCCCCUUGACCCAGAGGACAGAGCCCGGGAGGAGAGGCAGCGACUGCAGCAACCGGUGCGACCAGACUGGCAAGACCCCGAGUUUAUGAAGGAUGUGGAGGCAGCCACAGGUGCGGACCUCGGCUCGUCCAGAUACAGUGGGAAGGGCAGAGGAAAGAGGAAGAGGAAGCACCCCCAACUCACAGACCUGCGGGAGCGGGCCAACACCUCUCGGGCCCGCAUCGGGAAGAAGGUCUUCCCCAGGGCUGCUGUGCAGAGAGUAGUUGCUGCCAUGAACCAGAUGGACCAGAAGAAACACGAGAAGUUUGCAAACCAGUUUAAUUAUGCACUGAAUUAAAGGGCUGAACCACAUGUGCUGUGGUGCACUCUGGUUAUCAGUUCUCCCACUGUCAGCACUCUAGCAUGGGAGAGCAUGCACACACCUGGACAGAACCACAACCUGUUUGUGUGUAUGUAACAUCAGAAAAUGGUGCAUUAAGAUGCUCUGAAAAACGACUGGGGUGUGGCUCCAUAGUAGGGCACUUGCCUAGCAUGCAUGAAGCCCUGGGUUCCAUCCUCAGGACCACCAAAAGCAAAAUUUCAACCUCAUAUGGUGUU